AAGCCAGUGAUCAAUAACACCACACUGUCAGAGCAGCUUCACUGCGAGCUAGGCAUCUCUAAUCCAAUUAACCUGAUCGCCGCCAUGGCCGCUCCUACCUUUCUGCACCGCCUGCUCGCCGUCUGGCUCCUCUCCUGCGCCGCCCACGCGCAGCUCUCGACGACCUUCUACUCCGCCUCCUGCCCCAACCUGGAGGCCAUCGUGCGGGCGGGGAUGAACAAGGCCAUCCGCAACGAGCGCCGGGUCGGCGCCUCGCUUCUCAGGCUCUUCUUCCACGACUGCUUCGUCCAGGGCUGUGACGGCUCGGUUCUUCUCGACGCCGGCGGCGAGAAGCAAGCCGCACCGAACAAUGGGUCCAUCCGUGGCUUCGGUGUCAUCGACGCCAUCAAGGCCAGCGUGGAGGCCGCGUGCCCCGGCGUCGUCUCCUGCGCCGACAUCCUCGCGCUCACCGCGCGCGACGGGACGUUCCUGCUGGGCGGGCCGACCUGGAGAGUGCCGCUCGGCCGUCGCGACUCGACGACGGCGAGCCGGGCUCUGGCCAACGUGAACCUCCCGCCGCCGACCGCCGGCUUGGCCACGCUGAUCUCCCUGUUCGGCAGGCAGGGGCUCUCGCCGGCCGAGAUGACGGCGCUGUCGGGCGCGCACACCAUCGGCCUGGCGCAGUGCCUGAACUUCAACGCCCGCAUCUACAGGGACGCCAACAUCGACCCGUCCUUCGCGGCGCUGCGGCGGCGGACGUGCCCCAGCUCCGGCAACGCCAACCUGGCGCCUAUCGACGUGCAGACCCCCUCGGCGUUCGACGCCGCCUACUACCGGAACCUGCUGGCGAAGCGCGGCCUGUUCCACUCCGACCAGGCGCUCUUCGACGGAGGGUCGGAGGACGCGCUGGUGCGGCAGUACGGCGCCAACCCCGCGCUCUUCCGGACCGACUUCGCCAAGGCGAUGGUGAAGAUGGGCAACAUACAUCCGCUCACCGGAAGCGCCGGCGAGAUCAGGGCCAACUGCCAUGUCGUCAACAGCUAGCUCAUCCGAUGAACCGACUGGUAUGUACUACUACUACUAAAAGGGGCCGCGCGCACCCAUAGCGUUCUUCGGCCCAGUUCUUUUGGCCGAUUCUCCCAGAAUCUUAAGAAUCGAUCCUUCACCCAACUUCUUCCGGAAUCUUGAACCCGAUUCUCAAGAUUCUGGGGAAUUCUCUCAUCUCGUUCAAGAAGACGUAUAUCCCCUCGUUAGGAUGUGGAUUUAUGCUGCCCAAUUGUUUAGAGUUUGUCUCGCACCAUUUUGCAAUAGUGAUAACGAUGUGUCUGUUGUUGUCAAUCCUUUUCACAGAUGUUUGGCUGGGCAAUGGAGCAUGCUAUUCCAUGAACAUGAUGAAUGCUAUUAUGUUAAGGGUUUAUAUAAGUCUCCUGCAAAAAAAAUGUUAAGGGUUUAUUUUUAUUUUCGAGAGUACAAGGGUUUAAGUUUAGGUUGUCCGAUUGACCAUUUGAUAAAUGUUUGGACAAUGAAAUGGGCUACUCCAUGAACAUGCUGAAUAUUACUAUGUCCAUGCAUUUAAGUUGUUGUCCAUUGAUCACUUGAUAAAUGUUAGAGGUAUUUUGCUUUCUCUUAGGCCUCUUCCAAUGCAAAUGUGCUUAGAUGAGGUGCUAAGUGCAUUAAAUAGCUUAUCAACUUAACUCCCCAAUAUAUAGGUGCUUAACUUAUUGUUGCUAAGCUCGUUUUAUUUAAUGAGUUAACACCUAAAGUCUUUCAUGCAUUGGUCAAGUUGUUUCAUUUAAGUGGUUUGCUUAGGUUCACGCGCUUGGCAUUGGUUCUUUCUGGGGUCAUCAAAAUGCUCUCUCCCCUCCUUAAUUGUUGUGCCAUGUCAUUUUUUUUGCUUAUGUGACAUGCUUAGCACAUGAUGGAGCACUAAGAAAGGCCUUAAGCUACAGGUUUGUCAUGGUGCUCUUUGGUUUACUAGUAAGUGUGCACGUGCAUUGCGUGUCUUCACUAAUAUUUCAGGUAGAUGCGAGAAUUUACUUCUCCAUCAUAGUAAACACUUGUUUUUUUAAAGAACAUAAUCUACAUAAAUUCACUUUGGCACAUGAAAGCAUAUGCUCUUGCCAUCGGAAAAACAUUUUAAAAUGUCAAAAAAAUUCUGAACAAAAAUUUGAUGUGUACCUUUUAAUAUUCUAUGUGCGCACGCCAAGUUUUUGUGGAAAACCGGCAUUUUCUGUGACUUGCGUAAAAAAGACAAAGAAAUGUCGUGAAAAGCCAUUUUUAACACUGAAUUUUGUCUUUUUCACACGCGACAUAAAAGCUGUUUUUUUCGUAAAACGACUUUGCGAGCACAUAGAAUGUCGAGGUGUACGCGCAAAACAUUUUGCCAGAAUUUUAUGACAUUUCAAAAUACGUUUCCAUGAUGUACUAAUAUAACAGAGUCAAUAGAGAUGUUUAGCAAUGUAAGAAGACGAUUAUCCGUGCCUGCUACCUACUUUUUGAAAUAAAUCCAGAUACUUUAUUUAUUAAAAAUAACCAAUACAUCGUUUAUGAGGACUGUUACGAUUUCAUUUAAGGCUUUCUCAGAUCAAUCAGAAAUCAAAGAAAAUCUAGCUAAUCUAGUGACCUCAUGAGCAAUUUUAUUUGCUUCUCUAUUACACGUGCCUGCUACCUAGUACUAGGUUUUCAUGGAACAGAGACAGUCUCCUCUCUAAAUAAAGACGAAAAAAAUUCCAUUGUCAGAAAAAGACAAAAUAAAAAUCCCAAUCAUUUGUGGAAAUAACCACAACUAAAAAAAGACAGAACUUGCCAAAAUAAAAAAUGCAUAUGGAAAACAUUAUGAACUUGCCAACGCAACAAUGAAUGAAAAGAUGUGGCUAUAUCUGGGUGUGCUACACCCGGGUUUACAGAAAAAGCUAAAAACACACGUAUCAAGCGUGUUCCAAAAAAAUAUUCUGAAACUUUACAAUAUCAAACAUGAUAAAGUGCAGUUGUUGCAAAAUUUCAUCCACAAAAAAACAUUCGAGAUCUCGGAGAAAAAUCACUGGUCAAUGUUUUGUGCACCUUUUGAGUACAUGCUUUUUCAAACAAAAUAUGUAGGCCGAGCUGAGGCUAGUCACGAUCCAAACAAACCGCAUUCUUCACGGCUAGCCGGGCUGAACGCUCUGCAUCCAUCCCAACACGUACGUUCCUCCCCCGUCCGUCUGAGGCGGUAAAAUGUCAAGGUGUGACUGACCCAAUAUCAUUGAAGGCUUUGGCUUGUCGAGAGGCGCUCUCACUUGCCCUUGAUUUAUCACUUGCAGACAUACAAAUAGCUUCAGACUGUCAAGGCGUAAUCAAAGAUAUCCAUGAAACUACUGGUGGGCUACACUCUAGCAUUAUUAAGGAGAUCAAUCCUACAAUCCUAGCAGUUCUCUUGUUGUCCUUUCAUCUUUGAAGGAAGAGAAACUAAUCUUGAGGCACGUAGCCUUGCUAAGCAUACUCUAGAACUUUCUUUAGGACGCUAUAUGUGGGCCCUUAAUCCUUCGGAUCUACUCCCUCCGUCCGGAAAUACUUGUCAUCAAAAUGAAUAAAAGGAAAUGUAUCUAGAUGUAUUUUAGUUCUAGAUACACCCCUUUUUGUCCAUUUUGAUGACAAGUAUUUUCGGACAGAGGGAGUACAUUGUAUCCCUAUGAGCUCUUACUAGCAAAAAUGCUCGUGGGUUGCAACGGGUGAACAAAACAUAUCACAACCCAUCCCUCCUCGCCAAUGCACACUUGUCUCCGUCCUUUAUUUCAACACAAUACCCCACAUGUAUUGCCGCUUAUAUUCCUUUCUACCCUCAUCAAAGAUGGCAGUGAUUUCCACCUUCCGUCAUAUUCUAAAUCCUGCUAAAAAAUCCGAUGCAAAAAUAUACUUCGUAAAAUAUCAAGAUAUGUCAGCUCAGUCUCUUGAAGAUACUCAUAGGGGUAGGGUAUGCGUGCGUGAGUUGUUAGGGGUGAGUGUAUGCUCGUGUAUGUGAGCGACUUCGAUUGUACUGUGUUAAAAAAGAGUAUAGUGGGGGAAAUUCAGUAAUGGUUAUCCAAAAUAAGUAACAUGCACAUUUGAAGUUUUCCGUGCGUUGUAACGAGAAAACAAAACAUAUUACAUUGCAUCCCUUCUUGCCAGUACACACUUGUCUCUAUCCUUUAUUUCAACACAAAAUCCCCACAUGUAUUGCCGCUUAUAUUCCUUUUUUCCCUCAUCAACCUGCUAGAAAAAAAAUCUGAUGCAAGAACAUAAGAGGUCAACUAUAGUGGGGAAUUCGGUGAUAGGUAUCUGAAAAUAAGUGACAUACACAUUUGAUGUUUUUCGUGUGUUGCAACAGGAUAACAAAACAUAUCACAUCCCAUCCCUCCUCGCCAAUACACACUUGUCUCUGUUCUUUAUUUCAACACAAUACCCCACAUGUAUUGCGACUUAUAUUCCUUUUUGCCCUCGUCAAUGGCGGUAGUGACGUCCACCUUGCGUCAUAUUCUAAAUCCGGCUAGAAAAAUCUGAUGUGAGAACAUAAGGGGUCAACUAUAGUGUAGUAAUGGCUAUCCAAAAAUAAGUGACAUGCACAUUUGAAGUAUGUUUGCUUGAUGCAAUAAAAUCUCUUGUGGCAUGUGUAUAACAACUUCUGACUUGUAGUCAUAUGUUUAUUCAAAAACAUGUGUACAAUCAAAUCCUCUUGAAUCUAGGUGAAGCCUUCUACUUGUGG